AUGUGCAAGAUUUACAAGCCACAUGAAAAAAUUGAUUUCAAGGUUAAAAAUAUCACUAUAAAUAAUUUAAGAAUUCCUAAUAAUGAGCGAACUGCUCGUCAGGCUGCCGAAAAUUAUGGCACUGAAAAUUAUGGAAAAUUACCUUUAAAUCAAUCACAAGAGAGAAAAGGUGUUGUGAGAACUCCCAUAUCGAGUAUUAAUGCUAAUCUGGCUGAUGAAAUUGUUACUAUUCGAGCUCGUGUGCAGACUUCUCGUGCGAAAAGUGCAAAACUUGCAUUCUUUGUAUUUAGACAACAAGAUAGAACUAUUCAAGGUGUGCUCACAGUUGAUCAAACAAACAUUAGCAAAAACUUCAUAAAAUUUGCUACAAAUGUUCCCACCGAAUCAAUUGUUCUGGUGGAAGGUGUUGUAUGUAAAACUAAAGAAGAAAUUAAGAGUACUACAGAUGAUGCACAAUUUAGUCGAAUAGCAUUAGAAACUCGAUUGAAUAAUCGUGUUAUUGAUCUUCGUACUAUUGCAAAUCAUGGAAUCUUUAGGAUUCAAUCUGGAAUUAGUCAAUUGUUUCGUGAAUUUCUAUUAUCGAAAUCAUUCAUUGAAAUACAUACACCGAAAAUAAUUGGAGCUGCCAGCGAAGGUGGUGCAAAUGUAUUUAGCGUUAAAUAUUUUAAAGGGGAAGCAUUUUUAGCACAAUCUCCACAAUUAUACAAACAAAUGUGUAUAUGUGCCGAUUUUGAACGGGUAUUUGAGAUUGCACCAGUAUUUCGAGCCGAAGAUUCAAAUACACAUCGACAUAUGACAGAAUUUGUGGGAUUAGAUUUGGAGAUGGCAUUUGAAGAACAUUAUCAUGAGGUUCUCGAUGUUCUUGAUGAAUUAUUUAGAUUCAUUUUUACUGGAUUAAAAUCACGAUAUGCUUCAGAAAUAGAAACGGUAAAACGACAAUAUCCUUCGGCGGAUUUUGAAUUUCAUUCCGAAAAAACUUUAAAAUUGGAAUAUAAAGAUGCUAUUAAAUUAUUAAGAGAGAAUGGCAAGGAAAUUGGAGAUUUUGAUGAUCUUAGUACCGAGAAUGAAAAAUUUCUUGGAAAAUUAAUUAAAGAAAAAUAUAAUACAGAUUUUUAUAUACUUGAUAAAUUUCCUUUAGCAGUUCGUCCUUUUUACACAAUGCCAGAUCCCAACGAUAAGCAAUAUUCCAAUUCGUAUGACUUUUUCAUGCGUGGACAAGAAAUUCUUUCAGGUGCACAACGUAUUCAUGACCCAGAAUUCUUAGAAGAACGUGCGAAAGUACACGAUGUCGAAAUACGUACUAUUCAACCUUACAUUGAUUCAUUUAAGAGAGGAGCACCACCUCAUGCCGGAGGGGGUAUUGGAUUAGAACGUGUUGUCAUGUUUUAUUUAAAUCUUGAUGAUAUACGUAGAAGUUCAUUAUUUCCUCGUGAUCCGAAGCGUCUUGAACCAUAA